AGCACGUGAGAUAUGUACUUGUACAGUACAUAGCCAAGCUCUGAGAACCCUCUAUGUCUUACGUAAGCAUCAGCACCAGAUAUGAUCGCAACUACUUCAUUCUUGUGGCGUGGUUUGACAGAAUUGCCAACUAGUUGAUGCAAGGUUAGAGAAUCUGAACUCGGAGAAGAUACCCUCAACCCCUUUAUGUAUUGGGGGAACCAGCGGUUCGAUUAAUUCCUUGCCUGCCGCCCCCUGGGUCUGUUCAAGGUGUUCCGGCCUUGACAGCGCCGCGCCGCACCGAUGGUGCUGGAGCUUCACGUCUGGGGUCCGGCCUUCGGGCUGGCAUCUCUUGACCCUGAAUGCCUUGCCACAAUUGCAUACUUCACGCAGUCACUCGGUAAAUCCGAGUGGAGGCUCGUACAGAGCAGUCUCUCGGCAGUACCGACCCACACCCUCCCAUCCCUCCACAACCCAACCACCAACCCCCCAACCUGGACCGCCGGCUUCACAGCCAUCACGACCCACCUCCGCACCACCACACCACCCCCCACUUUCCACGACCCAGACGACGACGCCGCCCGGCCCAACCCGCUCCCGCGCCUCGCCCGCGCCGACUCGGCCGCGCACGCGGCCCACCUCCGCCUCCACGCGGCCCCGCUUCUCGCGCUGUCGCUGUACGUCUCGCCGCCCAACUGGGCCGCGGGCGCGCGGCCCGCCCUCGCCGCCGCCCUGCCCUUCCCGCUGUCGUGGACCGAGGCCGGGCGGGUGCGCGCCGCGUGGGUCGCCGCCGCGGAGCGGGCCGGGGUGGCGGGGCUGGAUUCGGAGAGGGAGAGGGAGGAGCGGGAGGCGAGGGAGAGGGAGGAGGAGGGGGCUAGGGAGAGGGCUGGGUGGGUUAGGGUGCCGAGGACGACGGGGGCGGGGAAGGAAGGGGUGGGUGGUGGGAAGGCGGGUGGGGGUGAGAGUCGGCUGGAGGGGGUGGCGGCGGAGGUGUUGGAUGUGCUGGAGGGGUUGAGGGCGGGCAAGCGGUGGCUCCUCACUGAGGACUCGGGCCCGACGUCGCUGGAUUGCUUGGCCUUUGGGUAUCUUGCCCUGAUGCUCGUACCGGACCUCCCGCGACCGUGGCUGAGAGACACGAUGAGGCGGCGGUAUGGACCCCUGUGCUCGUUUGUCGAGGAUGUGCGGUCCACGUGCUUCGGGCCGGCGGCAACAGCAGUGGCGGCCUUGCCCUGGUCCCAGGCCCCGGCGCACGACUCGGUCGUCAACGUCGGGCUGCGCUUUGCCCGCGGCGCGGUACAGGGUAUUCCCGUCGUCGGCGAGGAGUGGCAGCGGUGGUGGGAUGGGCGCGGGCAGAAUAUGGGGGAGGGCAGUGCCGCCGACCUGUUCGUCGCUGCGGGAGGGGUGCUGGCGGCUGCGGCCCUCGCCGCGGGCUUCAUCUUCCGGAAGGAUAUCCCGGCCCUCGGCUCGCCAAUCCAAAGGUGGGAGCGCCCGCAAGCCGGGCUGCGGGGCUUCGGAGCUGCGGGCGCCAUGUUUGGAUUCAUGUCGGAUGGCGGCGUUGUCGACGGCCAGGGCCCGGUUGGCGGCUUUGGCGGUGACGGUCUCGAGGUCGCCUCCGGUGGAAGCUUUCCCGCUGGGCCACCGGGGGCGGAAGGAAGGGCCUUGCCCGGAGAAAUUGAAGUCGACGUUGGUGUAAGCACCGGCGGUGGAGAUUAGCAUCGGAGACGAUCCUGUAAUAACAACCUCGGUGUUAGGACAAAGGCUUGGGAAAAGGAAUACCCGGACAGAUUCACGGAUUCCAUUAAUACACACUUAGAAUCCCCGGGAACAGACUCCAUCUUAAUAGAUUGAACGAUACUCUAA